UUCCCGCUCUAAGAGCGUCUGUUCGCUCUAUAACAUAGUGAGAGACAACUGGUCUCCUUCUCUCUCUAAAACUUGGACAGAGCUUUCCCUCUCUAAAAGCUUUUCUUCUCUAAAGCUCUGGUUCGAAGCGGCUCUACUUCUCGAGGCGGUUUCCUCUCUCCCCGUUUCACCCACGACUCUUUGUUUUUCUCUCUACGAAUGGGAAGCCAUUCCAGUCUGUAAUGGAAACCAACUCGAUUUCUCUGCAACCUCACCUCGGUGGCUCUGAAGCCGAACCUCUGAUUAUCGGGGGCUUCCCUCUCCGCCCCCGUACCAGAAGAAGGCUAAGAAGCCCCAGUCCCAUUGUAGUGGAAGACGAAGAGCAAUCAGAGCUAGAAGAAGAAGAGCAAGAAGUAGAAGGAGAAGAAGAAACUGAUGAUGAAUAUGAAGGAGAAGAAGUGGAGAACAUUGAUUUUAAUGAGGUUGUUGUGGGGGAAUUAGGUCGAGAAAAUGGUGUGAAUGGUUGCGAUGGUUCUUUACGGAAUAGCGGGGCUAUGGCAAUUCAGGAUGAAGAGGAGAGUGAGUGCAAUGAUAAUUGCAAGGCUUCACAGAAGACCGCGGGCGAUUUGGAUGCAUUCUCUUGCCCUAUUUGCAUGGAUCUUUGGACCACUGAAGGAACUCAUAGGAUCUGUUGUCUUCCUUGUGGGCACUUAUAUGGACAGUCCUGCAUUGAAAAAUGGAUUCAACAGUGUGGGAGAAAUAAUGGAAAGUGUCCACAGUGUAAGAAGAAAUGCAUGCUCAAAGAUAUUAGAAAGCUUUAUGCACCACAUAUUGCUGUGGCUAAUGGAGAGUUACAACAGGAAGUGAUCUCUCUUCGAGAUGAAAAUGAAUUCCUUAAGUUGCAGAAAGAAUCAUUACUUGGGGAAAUACAGGAAUAUAAGCGGAAGCAACAAGCAGAUAAAGAAGCUCUCGAGAAACAGAGAGCUGAAUGCCUGAAGCUUCAAACAUCAUUGGCAAGUACUCAGACAAUGUUACAUGGAUUUGCAAACGAUCAAAGGGAGUGUCAAAUGCAAAGGUUGAGUGGAGACACGGUCGGCUCGCAAUCUUGUUUUGCUAUGAGGGGACCCCUUCUCUCUAGCUUUAUUAUGAAGGAGGAAUUUAGACUAAAUGGAGCCAGAAUUAUUGACAUGGAUGCUUUUAGUCAAGUGCUUCUUGUUUCACACUCGGAAUCUGCAAUGGGAGGCACUCACUUUCUCACCAAAAGGAGUCUAUUAGCUCUAUCUGAGAGCGAGCGGGUGCAUCUUCCUCCUAAUACGGGCACUGUUAGAGAUCUGCAAAUUUCACCUCCUUCAAUGGUUCAUCCUGGUCGGCUUGCACUUCUGGCGUCCAUGGGAAAGAAACUUUCGAUUGUCAGCUUAGAGAGCAACAAUGUUGUUAUAAAGUAUGAUUUACAGAAGAGUCAGGUGCUAGGAAGGCAAGAAACCUAAACAAAUUGGUUAAUACAGGCAUGAGAAGAGCAUUAAUCUCACGCAGCUUGGGAUUGUAGUAUCAGUAAUCAGACGGUAACAAAGAGGGUUCAUUAUGUGUGGGUUGUAAUGUUGUAUGAAUCGUAAAAAGGAUUUUUGGUGACUUGGGUAGAUACUUGCUAGUUGCCACAAGUGUCUCAUCAAGGCACAGGACUGGCAUACAGGACAACAUCGAGUAAAAGGCUCUCCAAAGCAUCCCUGAAAGCUCAUGUGAUUAGAAAUCAAUAAUUGUUUCUGUUCUUAUACGGGGAUGCAAGUCCUUUGGUUAGUUAUGUGGCAAAUUAUAUGCAAAAAGCUAGCCAUGCUGGAUUGGGGUAACAUAGCAAAGACUCCAUGCUGCAUGGGAAAGUAAGUCUAUGUGCGCAUGCAUGCAUGUGUGUGUGCAUAUGUAUCUGUAUCUGUGUCUGUGUAUGCGUGUAUUCAUGUGUGCUUGUGCAUGUGUGUGUGUGUGUGUGCACAUUUGUGUAUUGUUCUUGGGAUCAUUAAGGAGACUAUUAUUAGUUCAUGGAAUGCUAAGUGUUGUUUUUGGGAUCAUUAAGGAGCCUAUUAUUACACAGGAAGUACGCUAUAAUCCCUCAGAGAGGUAUGAGGUUUUAGGCUUGUGUGGAUGAACAAGUCAUCAUCCAGAAGGGUGACAAGUGCGGCCCUCAUGUCAAUCCAUAUGGAACAUUUAGUAUUCAGAUAAAAGAAAUUCGUGGUAUGCAAAACCUCACCAUCCCAUUAUUUUUAAGAAAGGUUUGGGGAUGGAAAAUGUACAUCGUGCCUGGGUGAAACUUGUCAUAGCUCAAUGGACAAUUACUGAGAAGCUGCUUGAAAGAUAUUCUACUAACAACUGAGUAUAGAACUUUAGAGGGCUUGAUUAUAGUCUGUUGGAGCAUGUUAGGGUUAUUUGACAUGCCCAUGUGGAUGAUAUAGUAGAAGCUCACAAAAUUUUAAGAGGAAUGUUACGGAUCUUUGGGAAAUCGGUCUUUGUAGUGCAUGUGAGAACGAAAAUUUCUCAGUUGAGAUGGGCAACCAUGAUGUUUCUCUUUGGGUAGAGAAAAAGGAAGGUGAUAUUAAAAUAAAAAAGGAAAAGAAAGAAAGGAAGGUGUACUUCAAUGGGGGAAUAUUGAGUGCUGUAUGCUUCUUUGACACAGAGGGGAAACUCUGGUAGAAGAUGGCAGAUCAUGAGGAAGAGCUGUGUUAGUGGAAUGAAAAAUGCCCUAAACUUUUCACAGUAUGUUGCUGAACCAAAAUGGAAGGACAGCGACAACUGACCCCCCCAUCACCCUUCACAAUUUUUGAAGUAAACAGAACUUGGUAUCAAAGGCCCUGCUGAUGGGAUAGGAACAUUUAAGGAACCACUUGCAAAGAGUGAGUUUGGGUUGCAAGCGUGAGUAUGGGUUGAAGCCAUUCUGAUAUCUGAAUUGGAGAAUGAAUACUGUAAAUUUUUAUAUUUUUCUGCAUGUUUUGUUUGUUUUUGGGUUAUGGACUAGAAAAGUAUCUUUUGUAGGGAUAUGUGACGGGUAUUGUGUAACUCCUUUAUUUGAGACUGUUCAGGACAUUGUUCUGAAAGAAAUCGUAAAACAAAUUAAAAUCUAAAAUAAACAAAUUUUAUCAGUUAUUAUUAUUUCUUCAAAUAGUUUAUAUUUAGAGACCUUAGGGAAGGAACUUUGGUGGAAGAUGCCAAAGUUUGGUUGGUUGUUGGAGUGAAAGAUGCCCUACAAGAGAUUAUCCAUUUUGUGGCUCGGCCAAGUAUGGGAGUUCUGUAGGGUAAUUUUUGCUAGUGGAUGGAAGCUGUGGUUGCAACCUUUACUCCACGGCUACUGGUAUGGGAGUCUGCCCACACUCAUCCAGGCUAUCAAACACAUUACUAUAGCAGACAUGAAUGGGGCCAUCGAAGGCCAGCAAGAGGGGGAAUCUUAGUAAUGACGAAAGGAGAGUUUUCCACUUCAAAUCAUGUCAUGUUAGUGUUACUUAAGGAUAUUGACAGCACAUGCGCUAUAAAUGAUUUUGUGUAUAUCUCAUUUAGUUAAAAUUGAAACCUUUGGCAACUAAGGAAAGUGCUUUAAGUGUCAUUAGUUGCUGAGGAUUUGUCUAUCCUUUGGACUUUGGAGUACCCAACUUACAUGUGAGUUCUAGAGGAGGAAAAAUGGGCAUGAACCUUUGGCAACCAAGGAAGGUGCUUUAAGUGUCAUUAGUUGCUGAGGAUUUGUCUAUCCUUUGGACUUUGGAGUACCCAAAUUACAUGUGAGUUGUAGAGGAGGAAAAAUGGGCAUGAAAUUGUGUGGAUACAUUUCAUAGAUUCUGGUGGAUCGGAACUUCGUAACUGGAUGAUAUGCUGAUGAACUCUGGCGGGCUGGUGAUGUGAUUGAAUAUUUAGAAAGAGGUGCUUGAGGUAUUAUUGUAACUAGACAUCCAUUUGACAACGUGAUUUGCACAAUCAUCAAAAGAACUUCCAUAUGAUUUACCGAUUUCUACCCCUCUGACAAUGUUCUGUUACGUAGCCCUGCCUUAGGACUCUGACCUUCAAUGUUGAGUACAGCUAUGGAAAGCCUGGAUUCAUUAAGUUAUCACGAGGUACAAGAUCGGGUGUGUAUGGUAAUUGACUGAAAUGCAAUCUCUUUUAGGUAUUUCUUGACCAAGUAUCCACCAUGUCUCAAAAAAAUUUUAACAGGUUUAAAAUUAAUAGGUAUUGUCUAUUUCUAGCCUCACGGCAUGGUUUUUUUUUCUGCUUCAGCAUCUAAUAAUUUUGGAUAAAUUUGUUCCUAUGUUUCAUGAAGUCGUUUUUGUAUUAGUCUUUCAAUGUUGUUCAUUCUGGUGGUUUAAUUACCCUGCAUAUUGCAGUUUCUGGCCCCUUUUUGUUUAUCUUUUCUUGCUAAAUCAUAAUUAUUUUUUGCUGAAUUUUUUGGGGCAUUUUGCUAUUAGGGCAUGACGAUUCUUGGGGUUUUUGAAAAUUUGUGGUUAAUAAUCAUCAAAUUCUUCUCAGAACUGGUUAAUGAUUGCUAAGCUUUUUUCACUUCUUUCGCAUAAUUUUCUGAGCUAGUGUUGUAGUGGUUAUUGUCCAAGACAUAUAUUCUUGUUAAGGCAUAUCAAAGUUGAAAUCCUUGUCAGGGGUUAUAAAUGUGUUGCACCACGAUGCAGUGAUGUGGUUAAGAUUUCCUUGAGCAGCAUCAUAUUUGAUAUUUUCUUAU